CCCUCCUCCCUUCGCACCUCGUCUGGUCCUGCGCCGCCCGUCGUCGUCGCCUCCAUUUUCCUCGGAGCGAGCGGCGCGUCCCGGGGGGGCGGCGGGCGGAUCCCCACCCCCGGCCGGCGGUUUGGGCCUUCUCAAAAAAGGAGCAGGACGUGAACCGCUGCAGCCAUGUCCGACUUCGUGGAGAGCGAGGCUGAGGAGUCGGAGGAGGAGUACAACGAUGAGGGAGAGGUGGUACCUCGCGUCACCAAGAAGUUUGUGGAGGAAGAGGAUGAUGAAGAGGAGGAGGAGGAGAACCUGGAUGAUCAAGACGAGCAGGGCAACCUGAAGGGCUUCAUUAACGAUGAUGACGAUGAGGAGGAGGAGGAAGAGGACGAGGCCAGCGACUCGGGCGACUCUGAAGACGAAGUGGGCCACAAAAAGCGGAAGCGCACAGCUUUCGAUGACCGCUUGGAAGAUGACGACUUUGACCUUAUUGAAGAGAACUUGGGCGUCAAAGUCAAACGACAAAAAUUCCGGCGGGUGCGGAAAAUGUCCGACGAUGAGGAUGACGAGGAGGAGGAUUACGGGAAAGAGGAGCACGAGAAAGAGGCCAUUGCCGAGGAGAUCUUCCAAGAUGGCGAAGGAGAGGAGGGGCAGGAGGCCACGGAGGCCCCCAUAGCUCCCGCGGAAGAAGAGGAAGAGGAGGAAGAUGAAGAGUCUGACAUUGAUGACUUCAUCGUGGAUGACGACGGGCAGCCUCUGAAGAAGCCCAAGUGGCGCAAGAAGCUUCCCGGCUACACAGAUGCAGCGCUGCAGGAGGCCCAGGAGAUCUUCGGGGUGGACUUUGACUACGAUGAGUUCGAGAAGUACAACGAGUACGACGAGGAGCUGGAGGAGGAGUACGAGUAUGAGGACGACGAGGCCGAGGGCGAGAUCCGGGUGCGGCCCAAGAAGACGGCCAAGAAGCGCGUGAGCCGCCGCAGCAUCUUUGAGAUGUACGAGCCCAGCGAGCUGGAAAGCAGCCACCUGACGGACCAGGACAACGAGAUCCGCGUCACGGACAUGCCCGAGAGGUUCCAGCUGCGCUCCAUCCCCGUCAAGUCGGCCGAGGACGACGAGCUAGAAGAAGAAGCCGACUGGAUCUACAGAAACGCCUUUGCCACACCGACCAUCUCUCUGCAGGAGAGCUCGGAUUACCUGGACCACGGGCAGCCAACCAGCAGCUUCAGUCGCAAGGGCCCCAGCACCAUCCAGAAGAUCAAGGAAGCCCUAAACUUCAUGCGCAAUCAGCACUUCGAGGUGCCCUUCAUCGCUUUCUACAGGAAGGAAUAUGUGGAGCCAGAGCUGCAUAUCAAUGACCUGUGGCGGGUGUGGCAGUGGGAUGAGAAGUGGACCCAGCUGAAGAUCCGCAAGCAGAACCUGACCCGGCUGUUCGAGAAGAUGCAGGCCUACCAGUACGAGCAGAUCUCUGCCGACCCUGACAAGCCCCUGGCUGAUGGCAUCCGGGCUCUGGAUACCACAGACAUGGAAAGGCUGAAGGACGUGCAGUCCAUGGAUGAGCUGAAAGACGUCUACAACCACUUCCUGCUCUACUACGGGCGCGACAUCCCCAAGAUGCAGAACGCGUCCAAGGCCAGCCGCAAGAAGCUGAAGCGCAUUCGGGAGGAAGGUGACGAGGAGGAAGGGGAAGGUGAGGAGGUGGAAGACGAAGAGCAGAAGGGCCCGGAGCUGAAGCAGGCCUCCCGCCGGGACAUGUAUACCAUCUGUCAGGGUGCCGGUCUAGAUGGCCUGGCCAAGAAGUUUGGGCUCACCCCCGAACAGUUCGGGGAAAACCUCCGCGACAGCUACCAGCGGCACGAGACGGAGCAGUUUCCCGCCGAGCCCCUGGAGCUGGCCAAAGACUAUGUGUGCAGCCAGUUUCCCACCCCGGAGGCUGUGCUGGAGGGCGCCCGCUACAUGGUGGCCCUCCAGAUCGCCCGGGAGCCGCUCGUCCGGCAGGUGCUGAGGCAGACUUUCCAGGAGAGGGCCAAGGUCAACAUCGCUCCCACCAAAAAGGGCAAGAAGGAUGUGGACGAGGCCCACUACGCCUACUCCUUCAAGUACCUAAAAAACAAGCCCGUGAAGGAGCUGCGCGACGACCAGUUCUUGAAGACCUGCCUGGCCGAGGACGAGGGGCUGCUCACCAUCGACAUCAGCAUCGACAUGAAGGGAGUGGAAGGGUACGGCAGCGACCAGACGUACUUCGAGGAGAUCAAGCAGUUCUAUUACCGGGAUGAGUUCAGUCACCAGGUGCAGGAAUGGAACCGCCAGCGCACCAUGGCGAUCGAGCGGGCCCUGCAGCAGUUCCUCUACGUGCAGAUGGCCAAGGAGCUGAAGAACAAGCUGCUCAUGGAGGCCAAAGAGUACGUCAUCAAGGCGUGCAGCCGCAAGCUGUACAACUGGCUGAAGGUGGCUCCUUACAGGCCCGAUCAGCAGGUGGAGGAAGAUGACGACUUUCUGGAAGAGAACCAGGGGAAGGGCAUCCGGGUGCUGGGCAUCGCCUUCUCUUCGGCCAGGGAUCACCCCGUGUUCUGUGCCCUGGUCAAUGGCGAGGGGGAGGUGACGGAGACUGACUUCCUGCGCCUGCCCUACUUCACCAAGCGCAGGACAGCAUGGAGGGAGGAGGAGCGGGAAAAGAAGGCCCAGGACAUCGAAACUCUGAGGAAAUUCCUUCUGAACAAGAAGCCUCACGUGGUGACAAUUGCCGGGGAGAACAGGGAUGCCCAGAUGAUGAUCGAGGACGUGAAGCGGAUUGUGCACGAGCUGGACCAGGGCCAGCAGCUGUCGUCCAUCGGAGUGGAGAUGGUGGACAACGAGCUGGCCAUCCUGUACAUGAACAGCAAGAAGUCGGAGGCCGAGUUCCGGGAUUACCCUCCCGUGCUGCGCCAGGCAGUCUCCCUGGCCCGCCGGAUUCAGGACCCCCUGAUUGAAUUCGCCCAGGUGUGCAGCUCCGACGAGGACAUCCUGUGUCUCAAGUUCCACCCCUUGCAGGAACACGUAGUGAAGGAGGAGCUUCUUAACGCCCUGUACUGCGAAUUCAUCAACCGGGUCAAUGAGGUCGGUGUGGACGUCAACCGCGCCAUCGCCCACCCCUACAGCCAGGCCCUGAUCCAGUACGUCUGUGGCCUGGGGCCUCGUAAAGGGACCCACUUGCUCAAGAUCCUCAAGCAGAACAACACGCGGCUCGAGAACCGGACCCAGCUGGUCACCAUGUGUCACAUGGGCCCCAAGGUCUUCAUCAACUGCGCCGGUUUCAUUAAGAUUGACACGGCUUCCCUGGGUGACAGCACUGACUCCUACAUCGAGGUGUUGGACGGCUCCCGGGUCCACCCCGAGACUUACGAAUGGGCCCGGAAGAUGGCGGUGGACGCCCUGGAGUACGACGAGUCGGCCGAAGACGCCAACCCAGCAGGGGCCUUGGAGGAGAUCCUCGAGAACCCCGAGCGGCUGAAGGACCUCGACCUUGAUGCUUUUGCGGAAGAGCUGGAGAGGCAGGGCUAUGGCGACAAGCACAUCACCCUGUAUGACAUCCGGGCCGAGCUGAGCUGUCGGUACAAGGACCUGCGGACGGCCUAUCGCUCUCCCAACACCGAGGAGGUCUUCAACAUGCUGACCAAAGAGACUCCAGAAACCUUCUACAUCGGAAAGCUGAUCAUCUGCAACGUGACGGGCAUCGCUCACCGGCGGCCCCAAGGCGAGAGCUACGACCAGGCGAUCCGCAACGACGAGACGGGCCUGUGGCAGUGCCCCUUCUGUCAGCAGGACAACUUCCCGGAACUGAGCGAGGUCUGGAACCACUUCGACAGCGGCUCGUGCCCCGGCCAGGCCAUCGGCGUUAAGACCCGGUUGGACAACGGCGUCACCGGCUUCAUCCCCACCAAGUUCCUUAGUGACAAAGUGGUGAAGCGGCCCGAGGAGCGGGUGAAGGUGGGGAUGACCGUUCACUGCCGCAUCAUGAAGAUCGACAUCGAGAAGUUCAGCGCCGACCUGACAUGCCGCACCUCGGACCUCAUGGACAAGAACAACGAGUGGAAGCUGCCCAAGGACACUUACUACGACUUUGACGCCGAGGCAGCCGACCACAAGCUAGAGGAGGACCUGAAGAGGAAGCAGCAGCGUACUACGUACAUCAAGCGAGUGAUCGCUCACCCGUCCUUCCACAACAUCAACUUCAAACAAGCGGAGAAGAUGAUGGAGACGAUGGAUCAGGGUGACGUGGUCAUCCGGCCCAGCAGCAAGGGCGAGAAUCACCUCACUGUCACUUGGAAGGUCAACGACGGCAUCUACCAGCACGUAGAUGUGCGGGAGGAGGGUAAAGAGAACGCCUUCAGUUUGGGGGCCACUUUGUGGAUCAACAGUGAGGAAUUUGAGGACUUGGAUGAGAUCGUCGCCCGCUACGUCCAGCCGAUGGCGUCCUUUGCCCGGGACCUGCUGAACCACAAGUAUUACCAGGAGUGCAGCGGCGGCGACCGCAAGAAACUCGAGGAGCUGCUUAUCAAAACCAAGAAGGAGAAGCCAACUUUCAUCCCCUACUUCAUCUGUGCCUGCAAGGAGCUGCCCGGCAAGUUUCUGCUAGGCUACCAGCCCCGAGGCAAACCCAGAAUUGAGUACGUGACUGUGACCCCUGAGGGAUUCCGCUACCGCGGCCAAGUCUUCCCGACCGUGAACGGACUCUUCAGGUGGUUCAAGGACCAUUACCAGGACCCCGUGCCAGGCAUCACCCCCAGCAGCAGCAGCCGGACCCGCACCCCCGCCUCCAUCAACGCCACCCCCGCCAACAUCAACCUUGCGGAUCUGACCCGGGCGGUGAACGCCCUCCCCCAGAACAUGACUUCCCAGAUGUUCAGUGCCAUCGCUGCCGUGACAGGCCAAGGGCAGAACCCCAACGCCACCCCAGCCCAAUGGGCCUCCAGCCAGUACGGAUAUGGGGGCAGCGGAGGAGGCAGCAGCGCUUACCACGUGUUCACGACGCCAGCCCAGCAACCCGUGGCCACCCCGCUGAUGACGCCCAGCUACUCCUUCACGACGCCCAGCCAGCCCAUCACCACGCCGCAGUACCACCAGCUCCAGGCCAACACCACGCCCCAGUCCACCCAGUCGCAGCCCCAGCCCCAGGCUUCCUCCAGCUCCAGGCAACGGCAGCAGCCAAAGUCCAGCAGCCACACGGGUAUCGACUGGGGGAAGAUGGCCGAACAGUGGUUGCAAGAAAAAGAAGCGGAGCGGCGGAAACAGAAGCAGCGGCUGACCCCCCGGCCCUCUCCCAGCCCCAUGAUCGAGAGCACCCCCAUGUCCACGGCCGGCGACGCCACGCCGCUCCUCGAUGAGAUGGACCGAUAGACAGCCCGCGCCCGGGACUCUGGUUACCUCCCCGGCACCACGGCCGGACCUGGCCUGGCCCGGCCCGACCCUGCCUUCGGGUUGGAAGGUGGCGAGAAGAGACGGUUCUCCGGGGCUCCUCGCACGGACGGGGGAGUCGUGGCCGGCCGGCCCACGAACCCGAACUUGCCGUCCGCGGUCCCGCCUCCGCCACCCAGCCCUGUAGCCUGGGAUCGGGGGAGGCGACCGAGGGACGGGUGGAAUGGUCACUUUCCGGGCGUCUCCCGGGCUGCGGCCGCCCGCCACCCCCGCCCCACCCUCCUCGAGCCUCCUGAUGGGCUCAGGUUCCACGUUGCCCUUCCUAGGAGUCCACAAGCUCCACCGGCCAGGGGCCCGGACGUCCCCACCCGCUCCACCUGGGAUGCUAUUUAUUCAGUUUGGAGAGGUUUAAAAGGAAAAAAAAGGGCAAUCGGCCAGACCACCACGAUGGGGACCGGGGCCGGCAGCAACAGCGGGCCCCGGGAAUCGCCGCCGGUGGUGGGAAUAGUGGGGCAGUGCGGGCCCCUCCCUCCCCCCCCCCCAACUUUCCUCUCUCCAUCUGUCCGCGCCGCCUGGCCCACCCCCUUUCCUCAGCGGCUCGGCUGCUCGUGCUCUGUCGUGUGAAUAAACAGUAUUUGUACAGAGCUCA